UUUAUACAAGCGCGAUGCUAGAGCCAUAUUCCUGUACGUACAAGACAUCUCAGAUGAUGAUUUCCACAUAUUCUUUUCUUCAGAAGAUCAGGCACAGAGAUUCUACUCAAUGAUGGGUGAGCUUGCCGUCUCUCCAGACUGUCUGAAUGAGGACGACAUUGAGGAUGUUGUUGACUAUGUCUACGAUUUGGAUGACAAAGGUAAUCGUAUUCUGCUCGGCCGUGGCACAUAUGGAGCCGUGUAUGCAGCGCGUGACAAGAAGACACAAGUCAAAAUAGCGGUGAAGGAAGUGCUUGAAAAAUAUCAGCAAGAAGUGCAGCCACUUCAUGAAGAGAUAAAACUCCACAUGCGACUUAAUCAUAAAAAUAUUGUUAGGUAUCUUGGUUCAGUCAGCGAAGAUGGUUUCUUUAAAAUCUUCAUGGAGCAAGUUCCUGGAGGCAGUCUUUCACAGUUAUUGAGAUCCAAAUGGGGUCCAUUAAAAGACAGUGAGACAACUAUCGCAUUCUAUACCAAACAGAUUCUUGAAGGACUGAAAUACCUGCAUGUCAACAAGAUUGUACAUCGAGACAUCAAGGGAGACAAUGUGCUGGUGAACACCUACAGUGGAGUAUUGAAGAUUUCUGACUUUGGCACCUCUAAGAGGCUGUCAGGCAUCAACCCAUGUGCUGACACAUUUGCUGGAACAUUACAGUACAUGGCUCCAGAAGUGAUUGAUAAAGGGACAAGAGGGUAUGGCCCACCGGCUGACAUCUGGUCAUUGGGCUGUACGGUGAUUGAAAUGGCUACAGGAAAACCACCGUUUAUUGAGCUUGGUUCCCCGGAGGCUGCCAUGUUUAAGGUGGGGUUCUACAAAAUGCACCCCCUGAUUCCAGACUCACUGUCGGCAAAAGCUAAAGAGUUUCUUCUCAGAUGCUUUGAGCCAGAACCAAAUAACAGAGCCACAGCAGCUGAGCUACUGGAGCAUCCAUUUCUUUAUGAAAAUCUUGGAACUAGGAGAAAAAGAGCCAGAAAGAUGAAAGAUGAUCAACCUGAACACAUUGAUUACUUGAGAAGUGUUUCUGACCCUGUUGGGAAAAACAAGGAAAAUGAUGAACUGAAACUUCGAAUCCCAAGAAUUACCAAGCUCCGGUCAGAAGUGUAUGGCAGCCAUGAAAAUUUAAUUGACGAUCUCGACACAAUUGACGAAGGACGCCUGACACCUGCCAGUAGUGCCACUGACCUUAGAGACAUGGAUGAUCACCCCAGUGAAGACUUUCGUAGGCGGAGUCUAUCAGAUAGUCAUGCCAGUGGGUCUAAGAAAAGAUUUUAUUUGACCUCACCCCAACUACAAAUGCAGACUUUGAGCAUGGAGUCAGGCAUCAUGUCAGCUGACACAAGCCCUGUGCAGACAUACCUGCUCUCACCAGACAUUGAUGCUCACGACCCUUCGUUUUCAAGAGAGGGAGGUUUCUAUCUGCUGAGGAAAGAUUCUGAGAGAAGGCAGACACUGGUGCACAUCCUGGAUCAGGACUCUCAGAAGAUUUGUUCCAGCUGGUUAGAUCUGCUCCGUAGAGACGCCACUAUAUCUAGUCAAAAGCUGACCUCUGAUCAUCUUAAAAGUCUGCUUAUUGGGAUAAAGGGAUACAUAUUGGAUCAGUCCAUCCAGGCAGUGAAGGAAGCAAUAGACAACCUGCGAGAGAGUGUCCAGUUUGAUGCUACAGCUCUCAUGGAGAUACAGCUGGCUUUGUAUGUCUUUCAUAAUGCAGUCAGCAUCAGUCUGAAGGAGCACAGCAUCAAACCACACUGGAUGUUUGCCUUAGACAACCUUCUCAGAGGUGCCGUCCAGGUGGCCAUCACCAUACUUUCUCCAGAACUGGGUGCCAACCUGGCAGGAGAGGGUAAAUGUGAUGAUGAAGCUGUUACAUCUGGCGUGUCGUCUGCCAACUCUGUGAGAGCACAGACCUACCGCAAGCAGGCUUGUAAUGAGUUGGAGGCACAAGUCUCGCAGAUGCAGGAAGAAAAUAUCAGGUUGUUACAAGAAUUAUUAGAAGCACAGAGACAAUACAAGAGCUUACUGCAGCAAACAUUACAGGAGAAGAAAAUGUCUAUACUACAGCUAAGAGUCAUUCUCACAGGGGAGGCAGGUCAUGACAGUUCUAGGGAGGUCUCUCCAGCAUAUGAAGAACCAGCACAAUCAAACAGAGGCAGCAAUAACAAGGAGACAACUGACUUAUCCCAGUAUGAUCAAGAACUUGUCUCUUGGUUGAAGAACUUAAACUUUGAUGAGGAAACUAUAAAAACAGUGUGUGAGGAAGAGUACUCACUACAUGACCUCUUAGAACUGGUCACUUGGAGGGAUAUCAGUCAGCUGAAGAUACGGGGUGGACUCAGAUGUCGUUUAUGGAGGGCAGUGCUGGACUACCGGACCAAAGACCUGGACAAUGGAUAG